UUCUUCUUCUGUUUUUACAAUGGAAGCCUAUCAAAAGUUGAUCUGGUUCAGGUCUGCUUUCUGGAGAAUCAGCUGAAGACUUUUAUUACAUAAUUACAUAAUAAUUAAUAUUAAUAUUCUAUUUGAGCUUGUUUUGGUUUCCUCGUCUUUGUUCAUAGGCCACGCCCCUCUGCUGGACUCCACUGUGCAUGUGCGGGCAUCACCAUUAACCCCCCCAUCCUCCCCCCCUCAGGUCAUGUCAGCGGGGAGGAGUGCUGACGGGAGGGAGGUGCAGAUUCCCCUCCAGCAGGUGGCGCCCCCCCUGACCACGCCCCUCUUGGUGGCUCCGCCCAUCACCCUGCCCUCUCACCGUCAAGUCAAUCCCUGGCCUCCCAGCGACAUCACCACUUCACAAGGUGUCCCUGCAGGUUUCCUGCCUCUUCACGGAGGAUUCAGAGAUCACUUUGUAUUAACUCCAGAAGCCAAAUACUGCUGCGAGACCUGCAGCCUGGUCUUGUGUCAGCCUCGCCAGACAGAAUGUGGACACCGCUUCUGUCAGAGCUGCAUCAACGACAUCCUCAGUCAUCCAACCCCGGUAUGUCCAGCUGACAUGGAGCCUCUGUUCAAAGACAAGAUCUUCAGAGACGUUUGCUGCCAUCGUGAGAUCAUGGCGCUGAAGGUUUACUGUCGCAGUGAAGCUAACGGCUGUGAGGAGCAGAUGAGUCUCCAGCAGAUACCUGACCACCUGAAUGUGUGUCCGUUCUUCGAGGUUCCUUGUCCGUUGGGUAAAUGUAAAGAGCGAAUGAUGAGGAAAGAGAUUCCCGACCACCUGAGCUGGAAAUGCAAACACAGAGAGACCAGCUGCGAGUUCUGCAUGACCAAGAUGCCUCUGACCGACCUGCAGAAACACAAAGAGACAGUGUGUCCAGCGUUCCCAGUGUCGUGUCCAAACCACUGCUCCUUUUCCUCCCUUCUCCGGAGUGAGCUGUCCAGCCACCAACACGACUGUCCCAAAGCUCAGGUGAGCUGUCAGUUCCACCGCUACGGCUGCACCUUCAAGGGUUUGAACCAGGACAUGAGGCAGCACGAGUCCACCUCGGCAGCCGAACACCUGAGAAUGAUGGCCAACAGAAACUCCACGUUAGAGAACAAGGUGGAGGAUAUUAAAGGUGAGCUGUUGGAGAGGUACAAGGUGCUCCCUGCUCUCAGCAGUCGACUGUCUGAACUUGAGAACCAGAGCGACGAGCUGAGAGAGAAGAACCGACAGAUGGAGCAGAAACUGGCCACCAUGCAGAAACUAAUGAGCUCUCACUCAGAGAAGCUCCUGGAGGUGGAGCUGGAGCUUCGUUCCCUCCGUGUGCUCAGAGAUGAGGUGGAGAACUUGAGAGGAACGCUGGAGACCGUCCGGACGAGACUGAACACUCUAGAACAAGGGGGACGCAGCGGGACUGGAUCCACAACACACACUCUGGCAUCCCUGGAGAAUCAGCUGAAGCGACAUGAUGAGAUGCUGAGUGUCCAUGAGAUCCGAUUAGCCGACAUGGACCUGCGUUUCCAGGUGCUGGAGACGGCGAGUUACAACGGGACCCUGAUCUGGAAGAUCCGCGACUACAAGAGAAGGAAACAGGAAGCGGUGGGUGCGAAGACACUUUCGCUAUACUCACAGCCAUUUUACACCGGAUACUUCGGGUACAAGAUGUGCGCCCGUGUCUACCUGAACGGUGACGGCAUGGGCAAGGGGACGCACCUGUCACUCUUCUUCGUGGUGAUGAGAGGCGAGUACGACGCCCUGCUGCCCUGGCCCUUCAAACAGAAGGUGACUCUCAUGCUGAUGGACCAGGGUCCGUCGAGGAAACACUUGGGGGAUGCCUUUAAGCCUGAUCCAAACAGCAGCAGCUUCAGACGUCCUGCAGCAGAGAUGAACAUUGCCUCUGGCUGUCCUCUGUUUGUUUCUCAGAGCGUCCUGGAGACUGGCAGCUACAUCAAGGACGACAUCAUCUUCAUCAAGGUUACAGUGGAUACCUCUGACCUUCCUGACCCGUGAUGUUACGAACUCUCUGACCGCGCUGGUCUGAGAUCUGCUCACCUGUCUACGCCCAGUGGAUGAUGGGAAGGAUCAGUGACAAUGAAGGAGUCGUGCCUAUCUAAGAGCGACAACGACGGCAGAAGAGAAGAACAAGGAACAGCCAGGAAGCAGCCAAUCAGAGUGAACAUUACAGAGACCGGAGGACGGGUCUUCUUUUGAUUGGCUGAUGGACUAAAGAACUGUGUGUGUGUGUGUGUGUGUGUGUGUGUGGUGUGUGUGUGUGUGUGUGUGUGUGUGUGUGUGUGUGUGUGUGCGUGCGUGCGUGCGUGCGUGUGUGUGUGUGUGAAUGGAUUCGUGUUGCCAUGACAUCACCAUGGUGUUAUUCAGAGCCAACAUGGCCGCCACAGCGAGGACAUUGUUGCUGCUCAUUACUGAUGCCGUGCAUCAAGUUUUACUUCCUGUUUAUUACCCGUUUACCAAAGUAUGCUGGGAAAUCCACUGCAGCCACAGAGUAGCUCAGCAGACCAGUACAGACCAGCAGGAACCAGUACAAAAACCUUUUCAUUAAAAUGUACCCAGUGCAAACCAUUUACAUGUAAUAUGACCCAUUAAAAACUAGUAAGACCAGAAGAGUCUCACAAAGGACUGAGUAAGACCUGUUUAGACCCAGUACAAACCAGUGAAGACCUGUAAGUGUGAGUAUAACCUGAAUGAACCCAAGUAUGGAAAUUAAUUUAAACAAGACACAAUCCAAAAGUGUCCGCAGAACAAUUCCUAGUUCCCAGUAUAAGUUCCCAGUAUGUCCCAGUAUGAGUUCUCAGUAUGUCCCAGUAUAAGGUCCCAGUAUGUCCCAGUAUAAGGUCCCAGUUUGUCCCAGUUUGUCCCAGUUUGUCCCAGUAUAAGUCUCCAGUAUGAGUUACCAGUAUGUCAUAGUAUAAGGUCCCAGUAUAAGUUCCCAGUAUGUCAUAGUAUAAGGUCCCAGUAUAAGUUCCCAGUAUGUCAUAGUAUAAGGUCCCAGUAUAAGGUCCCAGUAUGUCCCAGUAUAAGUUCCCAGUAUGUCAUAGUAUAAGUUCCCAGUAUGUCCCAGUAUAAGGUCCCAGUAUGUCCCAGUACAAGUUCCCAGUAUGUCCCAGUAUAAGGUCCCAGUAUGUCAUAGUAUAAGGUUCCAGUAUAAGGUCCCAGUAUGUCCCAGUAUGAGUUCCCAGUAUGAGUUCCCAGUAUGAGUUCCCAGUAUAAGGUCCCAGUAUAAGGUCCCAGUCUGCUGAGCUCCUCUGUGGUUUCGGAGGUUUUCUUCGUCUCAUUUCGACUCAUUUUGAUUUAUUUGCACAGUUUGAAUGUUUAAAGUGUCAAAAUAAAAGAAAAAGAAAACAAUCUGUU